AUGAAGUUAGUUCGUUUCCUUAUGAAGCUAGCUAACGAGUCAGUUACCGUAGAACUGAAGAACGGAACUGUACUAACGGGCACAGUAAUCGGUAUUGAUAUUUCAAUGAACACCCAUUUGAAAAAUGUCAAAGUUGUAAAUAAAAAUUCAGAUGGUAAAGAUGGACCAAAUGUAGUUUUACUCGAUCACCUAACGGUGAGGGGAAACAAUAUAAGAUAUUUCAUACUUUCCGACAGCAUCCCACUAGAUACACUAUUAAUAGACGAUACACCGGUUCAAAAGCCAAGUAAAACUAAGUUUACAUCAACGCGUGGCCGAGGGAGAGGACGAGGAGGACCUCCAAGAGGAAGGGGCAGAUUCGGAGGUCAAAGAAGGUGA